AUGCUGGCCUACGCAUCUUUGCCAUUGGAUUACUGGGAAGCUAACUUGGAAACCGAAGGUCCCUUGCCAUGGAGUUUCGAGAGUUCAGGAGCGUCCACAGACGAUGAUGAGGGUUGUGGACAGUGUAGCGGAAUUAUUGUUCAGGAGAGCCUUCUUCUUCUUCUUCUUCUUCUUCUUCUUCUUCUUCUUCUUCUUCUUCUUCUUCUUCUUCUUCUUCUUCUUCUUCUUCUUCGAAGUUGGUACUCAUAAUACCGCACUUUUGCAGUCUCAGAAAUUUGAGGCGAAAUGUCCUCUACUUAUAGGAUUGUUAUUCACAUUACUCAGCGAGUUAUUGAAAGCAUCCAUAUAUUCUAUGGGCUUUCAAUCACUUAGAAUCAUCCGAAAGCUUUAACUUUGUUCACAGCGAUAAUAAGGAUACAAUCUCCAAAGAAGUUGCAGUUCUCAAUAUAAAAUUAACUUCUUCGACUUUUGAAUUUAUUUCCAAACCCAUGAUAGGGGAGGAGAAUAAACUAAAACAGAAAUUUACAGAAAACUUGGAGUUUAUAGGAUGCUGUUUCUAUGCUGGCCUACGCAUCCUGGGUAGUAGGCUAUUCAGUAGUCUCAAAUUGCUACAGAUAGCAUUGUGACCAAAGUAAUCAAAGUUUACCAAUAGCGUUCCUACAUGAACAACGCUCAUGCGUCCUCUAGGAUGUUAAGAACGGAAAAAAGGAAAGAUCUCAUGACUACGUCGCAAUCUAUUCACAUUAAUUAUUCGAACAUUCAACUAAGCCUGAGAGGAUAUUAGUUUGAACUCUCACACCCAAGACGUCGCCUGAGCAGUUAGUGUGCCGAUUACAGAACAAUUUCCGACCAAUUAUCUUUGUUUUGUUGUUGUUGGGUUUGUGAGUUAUACUCUCUCCUUGGAUAAGUCAACGUGCACAAGUCAUUUGAAAAAAGCGAGAGGGAAAUCAAGCUAGUUAGCGCGAGGUAGACACAUCUCAUCUUCCGCCAUUCACAGGUCUUCAUAAUUGGUGCUUCACGACUCUUCUGGUUAAGCCUAGUAAUAAAUUACAUUACCUGACACAAAAUUAGGCUAACUGAUUUAUGCAGAUCUUUGGGUACCUUUGUGGAGGCCUAUUGCAGAAACUGAAUUUGCGAUCGUCUCUUAGAGACGGCAAGCAGACCAUGGUGAGAAAAUGAGCACUGAUUACCUACCCGCACACAACCAGUAGCACUCUUUGUUACGAUUCCGAAACCAUCAGAUGUACCAAUAGAGGGGUAACAAAUAAGUCGAGAGUUAUUUGUGUUCCAAGUACGGUUCUUCGAUAACAAAACAGCGUGACAGACCAACUUUUAUCACUUAGUCACUUUGCGGGCAGCUUAGUUUGCUAAUUUCUGCUGUCCGCUCAGCUGGUACUAGAUUCCCUCAUUGAGCAUGUGGCAAAACCUGGUAUGUCCAGUAAAUGGCAAGACAUUUGUCCGAGCAAAUUGAGCUGAAGUUGGUUGGGAAAUUUUCCAGGCGCAUAUGUGUGUGAACGGAGGAUACUUUCGGCCGACAUUUGAAUGAGAACUAUAAAUCCGGCACCCAAGUAAAGUGAAGUAAGUACAGAGAACCCGAGUAACAGAGCCUGGGGAUGAGAUUCACUGUCCAGAUUGAACAGUGUGACAAAAAGUUGACAUGCUCCGUAAUUUCCAUGAUUAGAACCCCGGAAUUUCAGAUCAGACGAAUGAACUGAAGCAGCUUAACGGGAUUUCUGACUCGAGAUACUAGAAAGCGGAUGGGAAUAGGCUGUGACUUUAGAAUUUUUUCAACACAACCUGUAGGAGAGUCUAAGAUUCAACUGAAGUAACGAUUGGUACGAAAGCACUUGGAUGAUUUUAUUGAGUUUGUAAUCCAUUUCGCAUCCCCGUUUUGAUAUGAAGAGUUCACUCAUCUUGCGCACCUUGGGGAUUCUCCAGUUACCGGGACUCCUACACCGGUCUCCGAUUGCUACAGAUAACAUUGUGAUCAAAGAAAUUAGAGUUUACCAAUAGCGUCCCUACACGAACAACGUUCAUUCGUCCUCUAGGCUUCUGAGAACUAAUAAGUAGAACGAUCUCAUGACUACGUCUCGAUAUAUCCACAUUCUAUAUUCUUACGUUCAACAAGGCCUGAGAGAAUAGUAAGCGAACUCUCCCACAUCCAAGACAUCGCCGGAGCAAUCAGUGUGCCGAUUACAGGACACUUCCGAUCACUUAUCUUUGUUAUGUUGGGUUUGUGAAUUAUACCCUCUGCCUGGAUUAGUCAGCGUGCAUAAGUCAUUUGAAAAAGCGAGAGGGAAAUCAAAUUGGCUAGCGCGGGCUAGACACAUCUCCUCUUCCGACACUGACAGGUCUUCAUAGUUGGUGUUUAACGACUCUUCUGGUUGUGCCUAGUGAUAAAUUACAUUACCUGACACAAAGCUAGGUCAGCUGAUUUGUGUAGAUCUUUGGGCACCUUUGAGGGAGUCUACUGCAGAAAUUGAAUUUGUAAUUUUUUCCGGGAGAUGGCAAGCAGACCAUGGCGAUAAAAUGAGCACUGAUUACCUACCCACACUCAACCAGCGGAACUCUUCGUAACGAUUCAAAAACAAUUAAUAGAGGAGCAUAAAUGGUUAAUUUAUUAAAGAAAUGAGAGUCAUUUGUGUACUUUGACGGUUCUCAGACGACAACACAACGUGACAGUCCCUUUGCCCCCAACGUAAUUUGUUAAUUUCUGCUGUCCGCUCAACUGGUACUAGAUUCCCUCACCUAGCACGUAACAAAGCAUGUACUGUUGUAAAAUCAAUCACCUUGCAUAAUAAUUUCCUAGCAAUUCAGUUUCUUCAAGAUGCCGCCAUUUAAAUGAACUUCUUUUCAGCCGUCUACAAAAAACGCGCUCUGUAAAAAAUAAUUGCUCAUUUAAUGUGAUCUUUUUAAUUGAUUUUCGAUGUACUUACAGAUUUCAAUAUGUUCAUCAAAAAACAUGCAUAGAAUAUUCAUUCUUCUACUCAUUUGGUGGAAAACUACGUCUUCUUUAAGUAAUCUACUUGAUGGAAGAGUAUAAUUCAGUUUUAGAAAAUCGUUCUAAGCCCCGAAUAAAUUUGAACCCGACCUGAAAUUACAUUUGCAUUCAGGGUUUUGAAACAACAUUUUCCGUGUACGGAGAAUCAUACAUUUCAUUUUAAAACCGAAUUACACCCUUCCUUCAAGUAUACUAUCUGAAGAAGACGUAAUUUCCUACGUUAGAAGAAGAAUGAAUAUUUUUAUGCAUGUUUCCUAUGAAAUAUAUUGAAAUUUAUAAGACCAUCAAAAUCAAUGUGGAAACUUCACGCUAAAUAAGUUGUCAUCUUUCGCAGUGUAUUUUUCGCAGACGGCUAGAGCAAAGUUCAUUUAAAAGUCGACAUCUUAAAGUAACAGAUUUAUCAUGAAAUCAUGCCACACGGUGAUUAAUGUUACAACAUUACGCAAGCAAUCUUUUUGAGUCGAAAACCCAUUUCAGAAUUUCGGUUAGCAUUUCAUGAGUCAGCACACCUACUAUACAUGUUGUUUGUUUUCCUUAAGAAAAUAAUGCAUUUUUUCAAGAUCUCAAGGGACAGCAUAUAAUGCAUCUCAAAUUUUUCAUUGAAUUCGGACCAUAAGUAAUAAAGAGAAGUUUACAAUGAUGUGUGAAUGACCGUUUUUCGGUCGUAGAAAUCGUACACACUUUUCAAGUAAAAAUUUUAAGGAUACGUAAAUUGCUACCAAAUGGGUGCGAGAAGGGAUAUUUUUGUGGGCUUUCUCCUAAAAAAUAUAUUUGAAUUUAUGAGAGUACAGAAAAUCAAUGGGAGAGUUUGUACAAUAUGUAGCAGCCCAUUUGUCGUGUCAGUACUGUGAGUAUAAAAAAACGUUCGUUAACGCCUUUAUAAAAGCACUGCAGCAAUUCAGGUUGAACGACGAGCAUCUUAUUGAUUUAUAAUUUGAUUCGUACUAAUACCUGCCUAUUCGAAUCUUGAACGAGUUAUUAAACCAUGGAAAACAGUUGUCCUGCCGGAUGAAAAUCACUUUCAAUUGUAUCAAUAUUUAGCAUAGCUGGCUUACCUCAGGACAUGUGAGCCGUAUUUCUGAAAUGUGUUUUGGAUUAAGUUGGAUUGCCUAGGUAGGACUGUAGUAUUGAUUAUCGUGCAACAAAACCCCAAAAUAUUUCAGUCACGCCAGGACAUCAGCUUUUAAAUGUUUCUCUCCGAUCACCUACGAAAACUACACCCGUUAAAAACGUCUACUUUUGUAGCAUGACGUUUUCACACUAAUUUUCGAUGCCCUUCUAAACUGAAGUAUAUUUCAUGGAAAGAAUGCACGGGAGUAUUUUUCGUGUACUUGUCUGGCAGGAAAUUACGUCUUCUUCAAACUUUAUACUCGCAAAAAUUGUAUCUGUAAGACAUAAAUUUCUUUUUAAAUUCCCGAAUAAUUAUGAACGCGAUCCAGCAGUUGCACUUAUGCUUAGGGUUUCCGAAUGACGUGUUCUUUACUUCCCUAAAUAAAAUCAUGCAUUUAUCCAGCCUCAUAAAAUGACCGCUUAUAGUGCCCUAAAAUUUUGUAAUGGAUUUGGAGCAUGUGGCAUAUUUCAGAAGCAGCAUUAAUAAACAGUAUUGUAUGAUAGUGUGCUAAUGGACAUUUUACGAUCGUAGAAAUCACACAAUUACGAACUUUUUCAGCAAAAAUUUGAAGAUGACGUAAAUUGCUACCAAGGCAGUGAAAGAUGGAUAUUUUUUGGCCUUAUCCCUAAAAAAUAUAUCUGAAUUUAUGAGGACAUCGAAAAUCAAGGGGUACAAUUCAUAUUGAAUGUGUUCUUCACGGGCGGCUGAAAGAAAGCACAUCCAAAAGCAGGCCUUCUGACGUGACCGAAAUAUCUUGAGAUCAUGCUAUGCUAGAACCAGUAUUGUAAACCCAUCUAGGUAAUCCUCUCUCGUCAAAAACACACUGUAGAAUCGCAGCCAGCAUUUCACGAGAGAGUUACCUACUGUACGAUUAAUCCGUGGACAAAAUGGUUUUCCGGCUACCUUUUUCUUGUCUACAGGACACGUUUGUUCAGUCCGGAGGAUCGCAAGCUUUCCUGGUAAAUGUUGUUGUAAAGCUAUUUUCCACCAAGCGAGUACGAUAAAACACUUCGUGUAGGUUUUCUAUGAAAUAUAUUUGAAUAAUUGAGAGCAUCAAGACUCAAUGUCUAAAAUGUCUACUACAUAAGCAGUUAUUUUUCAGUGAACGAGGUUUUUGUAAACGGCCGCAAAGGAAUGCAUUCAGAUGCCAACAUCUGUGGUGGUGUUCACGAUAAGUCUGAGUCCACGCCGUUUCACGGCGGCGUGACUGCGUGCACCCUUGGCUGGGAAUUGGGUCUGGCCUCUUGGCCGCGGGAACGGAGCGAGUGAUAGCAGGGGGGUAUAUCAACGUGUCUGUUGAUGGAGUUGGUGUCAGACACCCAGGUCUCCAGGAGUUCUCGCCCUGUCUUAUUGCUGGCUCUCGCCACUAUCCGCGUGCUCGCGAAGUUGAAUCUGUUGCCUUCCUACAGGGUGUGAGUGGCGACCUGAGACAACGGGUCGCCUCUCCGGACUGCCCGUUUAUGCUCCGUUAUUCGCGAGUUAAGCCGUCGUCUGGUCUGUUUUGUGUAAUGGUGAGGGCCGUACCGACAUGGAAUCUAAUAAACGACACCCGAUUGUUCUACGUCUAGUCGGUCCUUCACUCGCAUGAUUUUGUUGUGCAUGGUCGCUGUCGGACGGUGAGCGAUAUCCACGCCGAGUUCUCCAGCGAUGCUUUCCGUCGCUUCGGACACAUUCUUCGAGCCUUCUCGGAGAAAGUUAAGAUUUCGCGCCAUCCAUUUGGCUGAUUGUAAAUGGGGCUGCCUUUUAAGGUAACGAUCGGCCGAAGGGGAACAUUUGGCUUGUGGAUUUUGGGUAAUCCAUAAAAUCGGGUCAGUGCCGUGUGCGUUGGUUUCAUCUGUCGCCAUUAAUCUAGCGAUAUCGAACUACUGGGCCUGAGUCGGUUCAAGAGUCCGGUUAGUUGACCGAUCAUCGCUUUGGCUCGAGAGGAAGGCGUGGAUUUGUAGGACUGUUGGUCGUCGGGGAGGGCUCGUGCCUUAUCGACGUGGUUCAUUAUGACGGUUUCUCUUCCUUUGUCGGGUGGCAGCACUAUUACAUCUUUGUCCAUUUUUAAUUCCUUCAUUGCUUCUAUCUCUGCGGACGACAUGUUGCUGGUGGGCAUGUUCGUCAGUAGUAGGAGGGUGACUUUCUGGCGCACAGUGCGUUUAGCCUCGUCGGUUGCGUUGGUUCUUACUGGCAUAGCUUCAAGUGCUGAGACAAAUUCGCCGCCGUAUUAAAGUCGGCCUCAUGACUCAGCACUCUCAGUUCUUCUUCAGUUAACUGCCUGGAAGAUAGAUUGUGUACCACAUUUUCGUUUGCUUUGUAUUCGGCUUUCAAGUUUCCGGACUUCUGCUCUAGGUUCGUGCGUUGUAACUCCUGUCUCGUUUUUGACAAAAUGGAUAUUGUCCGGUCAAGGGACCAAGAGGCGAAACCCAAUUCCCAGGCAAGCGUGCACGCAGUCACGCUGCUGUGAGGCGGCGUGGACUCAGCCUUAUCGCGAGCAUCGCCCCCGGCACUCCUAUCCCCCCUUCAUCAUUUGACUACAAAAACUGCUCAUUUGAUGUCGCAUUCUCACAGUCUCUGACGACGGCCUCUCGUACGAGACCAAAAGUUCAGUCUAGUACACCCACUGUCCCAGAGAUCGUGUGUUCAUCAUCCUUACAACAAAAACCUGGGAUUCGCAUAUUGGCUUUUAUCCGUGAAGGAAAGGAUUUUUGUGCAUUUUUUCCAUAAAAUAUAUUUGAGGCUAUCGAAAACCAAUGCGAAAAAUGCACAAUACUUAAGUGGGCAUUUUUGCUAAGUUGAGCCUUUACAGGUAAACAAAGUGCAUUCAAAAGUCAACUUCUCGGAGAAUAGGAAAUGCUAUAGAAAUAUGCCACAUGAUAAACGAUUUAACAACCUCACCUACGUAAUCCUCCCUUACUGAAAAAGCAGUUCAGAAUUUCGGUUGACAUUGCAUGAGAUUGCCACUCACUGUGUCUGUAUUUAUCAGUUCACUUUAUCAAGUGGAAAGUAUAUUUAAUAUCCACUGAAAAAUUCCGCGAGUCUUAUAUAGCAGCUUCUAAAUGACAUAGAAGAAGACACGAUCUUCUCUACGUGCAAACAUACGAUUUGUAUUUGUAAAACACAACAAUAGGGGCAGUGACAGGUUGGUUUCAAAAUUAUUCGGGAAUUAAUAAGAUUAAAACUGAGUGAUACCCCUUCCCUGAGUAAAACAACUUGAGGAAUGUGGUUUUUUGCCAAAUUCUAACAAGAAAGGAUGUUUUUGUUCAUAUUUUCUAUAGAAUGCAUUUGAAUAUACUGGAGCCCCGAUAAUCGAUAGGAAAAAUUCAUACAACAUAACUAGCAAUGUUGCUUACAAUGCAGUUUUUAUGAACGAUGGAAAGAGGCCCAUUCAAAGGUCGGCAUCUUGGCGGUUCCUUUCAUUCAACCUCGAGUGGGGUGUUGGUGACGUCUGCCUGUCUCAUAACUAUCACUAGGGUUAUUAAUACACGACCAAUCUCUCUCUAUAAGGUGAAUAAUCAUGGCGGCAAAGCAUUUGGAUGCUACUUCAGUUACUGUUUCUGGUAAGUCUUCUGAACAAUCGCGUUUGUUCUCUAGUGGUUACGGUCACGCCGAAUCAUUCACACAAGCCUGGAAUGUUCUGAAAUGUUCUUCUUUGCGUUCUGCUUUGUACAGUUUCUCUUCUCAGGAAACUUCCGAUUAAAAUGUGUUACUGUGCCCCAUAAAAUGUUAGUGCACGGUCAAAUGUACCGUCUCAUAUUACAAGUGACCUUGCGUGAAUUCCAGGAGAUCAGGCUUCGGGUUAGGGCUACAAGGGGUAGUGUUGAGGUAGGUGUUAGGGUUCCCUUAGGGGGAACUUAGCGCAUAAUGGGAUUAUACUGCAUGAUUUUUAAUCCUAAAACCAAAUGUAAGUAAUCUGUCGUAAUUGAAACCUUUACCUCAGAAUUUCGGCUAACAUUUCUUGAGUUCUGCCGCUGACUAUGGUUAAAAUCUAAAAGAACCUGUCUCAGUAUCAGCGUCUCGUGUGGAUUGUCUGGUAGCAAACUGUCGACCAGCAGCCAGUAAGUGGGUUCACAAGAAAGCUUCCUAUGUGUCAAUUCUGUUUCGAAAUCAGAGUAAAGGGCCAACUUGCUGAGGACACACACCAGAAUUGAAUCCAAAAAAUAUGUGAUUCAAAUGGGAACGAGAGAAGCGAAUUAUAUUUUCAAUAAUCAGGCUGGUUGCAAAAAAGAUUUCGUUUAACAGUGAGGGCAAAAUACUGCCGCUUUUAUAAAUUAAAUAGAUUAGACGCAAAACGCUAUGUCUAAACUGAUCGAAUCAUCUUUGUAUUUUAUAUUCGAAGAAAGGGCGUAUUUAGGUUUUGAUAAAGCUUUUUUAAGUUUCGAAUUAUUUUAAUCCAGGUCAGCUAAUGCACCUUCGUUCAGCGACUUUAGUCUGCAGAGCGUACACUGUUCGUGUGCGAAAAAACAUAUACCCCUUUGCGAGGGUACUUGUUCCCGUGUAAAACCCCUAAAAAUAACAAGCUUGUUCAGUGGAAUAUAGGGAAGUUUAGGAGACAUAAAGUCUUAGGUUGCUUUGAUACAUUUCAGAUAAAAAUCAUCUGCGGACCUCAGUUGUGAUAGAAACUGCGAGGAGGGUACUUGGCGAUCCACUAUCUAACCAACCCCGAAAAUGCCUCACAAAAUUGACCAUCAAAUGCAAACAGAGCUAGAAGGCUCAUGAACGUAUUUCCUUAAAAACGUCUUCUUUCUAAGUAGGUAGAGUUAGAAAUGCACAAAUCACUGAGAACCAGUACUCGCUGUUAUUCAAUAAUUCGUCGAAAUUCCGAUAAUUUUUGCAGGCAAAAACUGGAAAGUGUCCUAUCGGAUCUCAAGAUAUUUUAGUUUGCCUAGGAGCUUGCGCCCAGUUAGUGACUGAGUAUUUCGUUAACAGCUGAUGGAAGACGAAACGGAUGGGAAAGUCACUCUCCGAAGGAUUCACUUUGGGAUUACACAUACAAGUUGAUCCAUUGAAAAGUUACUCUCAGCUGAUGCAUACCUAAACACCAAAAUAGAGAUAGGGGCUGAGUUAAAAUCUCUAUGAUGAAAAAAUCCAGAGAAAGUUAAACUACUGUAUUUUAGGAAAUCAAAUGCCCCCGCAUGACAGAUGCUGGUAGAAAGUAUCCAUCUUAAUGAGAGAAAUGAUGCAAUUUCCGACCUAUAUAACUGCAACAUACGUCUCUUUUGACGUACUUAGUGACACCGUUCGCGACAGUGCUGGCUCUUUUAUCAGCGUCAGGUUUCCAAGAUGCAAUCUUUUGCGCCCAGAAUCUGGGAGCAUCUUAGACUUGUACGGCAAUCAGAGGUUCACUUCAUCAAUCCCUUCAACUAAUUUUCCCCAUCCUACUACUCACGUUAGCCUUAACGUCUCUGUGUUGGACGAAAAAGACAGCAUUUGAGAAGAUUUUAUCCAGUCUGCAUUGUUAGAGUGCGGCCAAUCGGGCGAUUUUCAGUCCAUAAUUUAUGCUUUGAUCACAUCUUUGCUCGUCGACUCAGUCUCACGGCAGUCUCACCUUGACAGGAGGCAAAUGUCUCACCAAUCCUGCGUAAAUAUUUAAAUUCUUUCGUCGUGGCUUGCAUGCGAAAACGAUUAAGCAUGAAGACACACUUAGCACGCCGACAGCUCUGUCAUGUAUUUCGGAAGCUGUCAAUUUUAUUCCUGAUCUUGGGCUAUAGUACAAAUGUCUGAGCCUCCAAUUUCAUUACAAUAUUAGACAGGACUGUAUUCAAAAGGGUAUCUUGGAAUCUCAAAGGCAUCCAGCCGUUGUUAGGAUACAUGCUUACUGGUCUCGGGUAUGCUAAUGCUGUCGAGCGAUGCAGACAAAUUUGCUAAGUCCGUCAGAGUGAGAAUACACGUGCAUUUUCCCAGGUUGGGUUGCUCUCUUUCUCACCGACGUUCACAUUGUGAUAGUCAGAUCUCCCCAGUGUAUCUUCCGAGUGAGGAAAACAGUUUAGAAGUUACUUCCCAUGAGCUUAGGCCUUAUCGGUUGCGACUAGGAACAGUUGUAGUGACAUGAUGGUUGCGCUCGUUUAUCUGUCCGUGCCAUUAGACCGAAGAGAGGAGCGACUUCGCUUUACCUAGAAAUUCCCAUCCAGAACCGUGGUAGACUGUGGCGUGGUAAAGAGCAAGACAAGGCAAAGAAUGCAAUGUUCCAGAACACUGCUGAAAGGAUUCCAGCCGGCAGCUCAGUUCUAGAAUGCCCAAAUUUUCGUUCAAACAGUGCGCUGCGAGCCCCUACCUCUUGUUAGCAAGUACUAGUUAGUCGUUUGGCUGGGCUAUAAAGGAGAUCUAAGGAAAAACCGAAUUGUCAUAAUCCGUCCUGGAGUAAGGGCAGGUAAAUUAUCUUAUUCACAUGCAACUGCGAAAAUAUCCGCCCUCAGGUUAUUCGAGGAAUUAGACUCGGGGAAUUUGGCGGCACAUGAAUGACAGCAGGCAGAUGAGUCCACGGUCGCGUUCGGCACUCAGGCUUUGAGACAACCAGCUGCAAAGGCGACUGAAUACUACUUGACGAGGUUUUAGCAGAAAAGUGAGUACGAAACUGGAGGACAACUGCUUGGAAACUCACAGAUUUGAACCAUGUAGGAGACACACACACACACACACACACUAGAAGGACCUUUGUAUGAGGCAAGUAGGCAAAAAACCUGAUAUCAGCAGCUCGUAGGAGAGUAUGGGAGCUGACUCACCAAACAAAGCAGCUGAAGUCUAAGUGAGAAUUCAUGCAUGCCAUCUGGGCAUGAAUUUGAAGGUGACUAUUUUUUGCUGUCAUUCUUUAUUCCAGUGAGUUUAACAAUCGAAUUUUGGGUUCAGACAGGAACAGUGCUUAUUUUGGACACUAAUACGGAGGUCUAUAUCUAUGAGGCUUCCGCCUGCAGGAUAAGUUCCUACGAUGCCGAUUUAUGACUCACAACACAUGUGAGUAACUGUUUACUACGAUGAGCACUUUCGUUCUGUUAAUGUUUACGUCAAAUUAGACCACCGAUGGUGAGACCGCCUUGCCACCUCCUCAGGAACAAUGCAAGGAGGAUAAGGAGAGAAAUUAGCGUUAAAACAAUUUGUUGGCUGGCAUGGGACUGCAGAAGAUGUAGACCGGAGAGCACUAAUUUUUGACCUAAUUAUCAGCCGAGGUGUUAAUUACCGUGCUGAGGUAUUGCCCUCGUGUCAAAUAAUAUAUGUAUAUAUAUACGCUGGUUUUCCUAAUCGCAGAUAGUAUUCUUCGUCUGAACAUGUGGUCCAUCCUACUCAUUUGUUUCUACGGGUGUUUGGCAGUGGAGGGUAAGUAUUGAUUUAAGUAGUUUGUCCAUACCAUUGUUAUAUUUCUCUCUCACUUCAUAACGAGGACUUGUUGCCCUACUAAGCAAGCUAUGAGAGAAAAGUGGUCACUAAGGCUGUUGCAAAACAAUGCGGGCUUUCGGGGAUUCUAGGAAAAUGCAUAAUAUCUAAGUGGAGUAAAUACAUACAUAUAGUUCCGAUAUUUGAACGCUAUCCCUGUGUGGCCCGCAAACUCCGACUGUAGUUAGAAAAUUCAUUAUGACAGAACACGUAUAUUGAGAAAAAAAAACAAACAACGGAAUUCGCUACCAGACGGAUGUAGACGACCGAACCAAAAAUCACUUCUGAUCUACCCUUUUUGAGCCCUGAUUACUGGGCGUAAUGAUGACGCCCAAGGCCUUUGGCAAUUUCGUUAUUUCCAGCUACGCUUGGCAAACUUUAGUAUGAAACCAGUGUUCGCAAUUUCAUUUAUUAGGAAAUAAUAAUUUGUUUCAGUAGGUACAAAUGUUGUUUUUUUUGAAGUAAAAUAGCAUAUGUGACACUUGGAGCCCUGUUAUUGAUCUUGAUCCAAAGCUAGGACAUUCAGAAAUCCACUGAAUGCAAGCUAAGAUACCCGUUUACUGGAAUAUUAUUGGAAAGUCCGCUAAAACUGUCAAGAGGGUUUCCUUGGUUUAAUUUCCAUAAAACAGUAAGACUUCCUAACAGCUAGUUGCAUUUGCUAACAUUGACUUGCACUAAUACGCUCUUUCUGAGUGAUUAAUUUAGAAGUAGUGAAUUGCAUAUGUGAGUUAAAAUCAGCGUAUUGCAUUAGGCGCCUCCUGGGUUCGGGAUAUGACUGAAUGAUGACGGCAAAUUAUUGAGAUAUAAACAAUUAUGCAUGUUGGCUACACUUAUAAGUAACGUCUCCCUUAGUAAUAAUAAGACAGGGAGUGCGUAUUGGAUAUUGCAUUAAGAUAGCAGAAAGAUUAUAGGCUUUUCAUGAUCACCUCCUGAAGACCAAAGGAUUUUCAGGCUGCUUUGCAUUUGUAAAUUCUAUCUAAGUAUAAACUUGGACAUAAUGGGAAGGCUGCACAUUUUAACAGUAUCAUAUGGGAGAAGCAAAAUAAAUUCGUAACAUUGACCUGACAGAUGUUCAACCGAUUACCUUGUAUUUGGCCCUGUAAUUUCUAUAAAUAUAGGCUGCUUUGCCAUUUGUAAAUUCCAUCUAAGAAUAAACUCAGGCAUAAUAGGGAAUAGGUGGGAUCGAACGAAAGCUGCGUAUUUAAAAACGUCAUAUAGGAGAAGCAAGGAAAUAAACUGACCGCCGAAAUGCAUUCAUAACAUUGGCCUAGUAGAUGUUAAGUCAAUAACAUUAUGUAUAUCCCUGUAAGUUCUAUAAAUACAAAUGCUAUUGUAUAAAGGACAGUUGCUGCUUUUGCAGACAAUCCUUAACAAACGCAGAAGCCAAACCAACUGUCUACUAGAGUCUGAUUGAUUCUGUACGAGCAAAAGCAUUUACGUGAUAAAGUCCUGUCUUAGUAGAUUUAAAUAUUUUACAGGUUGACACGCGUUUACGGCACAACCCCAACCAGGAACUCCUAUACCAAUUACAACAUGUAGAAUUCGGCCUGUGAAAACACGAAAUCGAUAUGUUGAUUAAUAGUUGAAAUCUACUAUUUUCUCAGCCUCGACGAAGAUUGAGGCCACUCUCCCCAAAAUGGCACUUUGACCCAUACGAUAAGCCUACCAUUCAUGCACGCAGUACGCAAAGGCUUUUGGUAUGUAAUAAGCACCAUGAAGUGGCAAGAGUUUUGUUGAAAGCAGGCUUAUAAAAAUUCCAGUUAAACACCAAGCGCUUCAAAGGCUAGCGCAGUCAUAGUUCCUGACAUUGAUAUUGACAUUGACAAAUUUCGUUUCUUUUCACUUCGUGCGCGAUCAAAAUCUUCCAUUUGCCUUUUGCCUUAAGCCAAGAAACACAAGAAUUUUGUUCUCUAUGAGUGGGACACCGGUCUUAUCACUGCAAACUCGGGAUGCGUAACUCAUCGGACAAUGCUUCCUGAAGAAUUCUACGUAAGGCAGAAUUAAGUGGUCCUUGAUUUAUCUUAUAUAUAUAUAUAUAUAUAUAUAUAUAUAUGCUAUUGUGACUUGGCCGACCUCGGCCUGGUAAUUGGUUGCCUGUUCGUGACCUUUGCCACCCAUACGGAGCUUUUUUUGCUUCUUGAAGCCAAUAGAUUGGUGUGCGCCCUUUCCUGAUUGAAUAUAUAUAUAUAUAUAUAUAUAUAUAUGUAUAUUUAUUUUAAGUCAGCAUUGGUCUUUACUUAUCAAGUUUUUUUCGUCAUAAGGCGUAUUACUACUAUUGUAAAUCUAAUUAAACACCUGCAAAAAUGCUUAAGAAUAUUUUUCCACACGGUGUUUUUUGAUUAAAUCUUAUCCAAUAUAUCUGAAAAAAAUUAAACAACCUCCAGUCUGUCCAAUUUCCCUGAGAACUUUAGAGAAGUCUGCAAAUAAAUGAGAGACAUUUGACGACUUUAUCGGGGUUAAGAUCUGGUCAAAACUUCGAAUUGAAGACACAAGCUGUGAUGGUUAAACUCCGUUCCACCUAUUCAACCGACGGAAUGCGUACAUAGUACGCUCUGGCAUGGUAAUGGGCAGCUUCUGAAAUCAGAGCGAACAGCAUUUCGGGAGUUAGAAGUUUCAAGAUAAGUACCACUACUCUGCUGGCAGAGAGGUUAUGCUUUACAUUUGAGAUCCGUAGUUUUUGUCAUCGUCGGAGAACUUUGUAAACUUCAUUCGCAAGGCAGGGUUUUCUGCUUUCACACAAAGUUCAUGCAUAUGGACUGGUUCCGUUCCAGGCCACCUACACAGCCGCUAUCCCACAGCGAUCAAAGCUGACAUUACAAGAUUGGACAGUAUGACUAGUCCCUCGAUGUCCCUACAUUAUUUUAUGUUGAGGAGUAGCGGUCAGUGGGAUUUAAACAGAGCGGUGCUCAUGGUAGAUGGAUCAAAAUAUGCUUAGCAGUCGGCCCAAUGACUCCUGCAGUGAACCACUUGGAUGCCAGGAGGUCGUGAUUAUUUGAAAUUAAUCUGAGGUAACUGCUUAGUCUCUGACUAGAGUUAAAAUGAAACAAACUCUCGAGAUCGCGUACGUAUCGCUGAGGCAAAAUAGUCUAUUCAAAAUUGCAGGAAGUUGUUGCCUCUUCAGGCAUAUGUGGAGUUAACCCCCAAUGGAGCUCGUUAGCAGAAAAUGGGUACCACAAGGUGCCUGGCAAUGCUCAAGAAAUAUUGAAGGUAUAGGUACUUGGAAUGUCCUUUGUGAUAUUCAUAAUUUCGACACUAGCUGUGGAUUCACCGCCUGAGUUUGGACUAAUUUAUGUCUGAUAGCCAUCGGCAUUGUCUAUUCAUUUAUUCUGACAGUUUCAGCGUACGAAAAUUAGAUUAUAGUCCUCCCGAAAUCUCGUCCAGCUCUUUUAUGAGAAACGAACUCAAAACCAUCCGAAUGACAGAUCAAACUCCCUAGGCACACAGUACCAUGAAACUCCCAGUCUUCGUCGGUAAAAAACCACCAGUUUUGUCUUUUUUUCAUGUUGCAAACCACAUGAGUUGGUAGCCGUGCUGACGUGUACUGACUUGAUAAAGAUUUCGAUGGAUCGUAUCAUUUUUCGACUUGAUCCGUAGUGGGCAGAGUACAGCCAACAGCAUAAAUGUGGAUUCCCAUGCGUCCCAAUCAGAUGACAUACACUCACAACGCCAAAGAAGAUGCGCAGAGAUGUUUACACAACUUAUAGUCUCCUUCGCAAAAACAUGUUUUUGAAUUUUAUUGUCUCGCUCUCUCUCUCCUUUCUUUCAUAGUCCCUGCGCGUGGGCUCCCGUGACUACAGCUACCGAAACGGGAAGUGUAUUGCGGAUGUGGACCCCUCGGACACCUUGAACUGCUCUAUCACGGAAGGUUAGUCGUGCUAUUCUUAUAAAAAGCCAGUAAUUCGUGCGUGGCAUGGGUGAGCGGGCUGCUUAGUCUUGUCAUUUGGCAGUUCGACCGUCGGUUUCGACUAUGUUCACCGUGUGCUCCACAGAAAAUUUAAUCAGUGGCAGUGACUUGUGCGUGAGUUUGAUUAUAGUGAUAGUAGACUGGCACAGCAUCUAUCGCACUCUCUUCUCCCCAUUCCCAAACUGGACCCGGUGUCAAGACUAAGUCAAGCAGACCGGAGUUUGGGGGAGCGCGCAGGUGGUUGGCACAGCCGGAGUCGCUCUUAAGCAUGCCAACGCAUCCCCUGGUCCACACAGCAAAUGACCAGGAUUUUACCCCAACAACAACAGCAGCAUCCCAACAGAGAUCAGAGCGACGAGGAUCACUGGCCAGUCAUGCUCACCCACUCCAUUUUCUGGUUGUACUGAUGCUGUCUUGCUGUCGAAGUCUGAUGGAUGAGGGGAAAGCGAGUGUGGUGGAUGCUGCGCAAGCCUGCUCAUGAGCAACAGCGAAAUGCAUAUUGUUCUAGAAUGUCACUUUCGUAUGCGUUUCCACAUGGACGAAAUUAUCAACGCUCGAUGACAAUCGCAGCGGAUGUGGACCACGUAGAGCACUUUGCUAGAACUACUAUACCCUCGAGCAUAAGAAUAUACUAAUAAUCAUCAGGCAUCUGGCGAAUUCUCACAGUUUGGUGCUUACAAGAAAGCUGCACUGCCCCAUUUUCUGAAACAAAAACAUUCGGCAGAUAUUUGUUUUGACGAAGUCGACAUUUGAGAUGACUUUAUCGCAUGCUUUCUGAGCUAUUCGAGUAAUUUCGCGUGGGCCGCAAAAUAGUACGAAAAAGGUAAACCACAUGAGUACUAGCGUCGUUCCUUGGAUGGUUUGCAAUCGAAAAGCAACGCACUUGCACAUAUUAAAUUAUAUGAGGUUAUUUAGGAAGCCAGUUAAUAUUACUAAGUAGUCAGUGACUUAGAUCUUUUGCUUUAUGGUUAUUAUUAUCAUUUUUAAACAACACCGGAAAAAUCCAGACGGAAAUGUACCAUGAAGCGCCAUAGGGUGACUGCACUUAAAGUCAUCACAUAUAAUCUUGAGAAACAAUUUUUUAUGCCGAAACAUUUAUCUUUAGUACAAAUUAAUUAGACCUAUUUAUGAAUAUGGGAGAAGGAGACAUCUACUGAGUAAAAUUGUUUUUUAAACUACUGCACAUUAAGGUAGUCCCAUAAUGGAUUAGGCGUUGUCAAUACAUUAUCACGCUUACGGAGCUAUUGCGUCGUACCUCAAUAGUACUUUCAGUUAGAAAUUGUCCUCCUCACAGCCACCGUUGCUAAUGCUGCCCGUACUAAACUAUUAUCAGUAAUAUAACUAUCACUACCAAUACCGCUACUUUUACUAAAUGUUCACCGCCAGUAAUGGAACUACUGCUUCUAAUACGCCCAUGAAUAUUAUCAGUAUCGAUGAUUUUAAAUUCGUUUAGAUUGCAACUAUUCCCUUAAAUUGUAACCCUCUGAUUACAUUAACGCCUGAACUUCUCAGUUUAUUCCUACUGCGAAUACUAAUCAUGCAAGGGAAAGCGAAAUGUAAUUUUGCGAUGGUUACGCUUCUUGUGCAAGAACAUACAAACGGUGCUGCUUAGAGUGAUCCAGAUUUUCAACAAGUCGAUUGGCUAUAUCAGUGCCGCAAGCUUCCCUAAGAAAUGCAUAAUUAUAAGCGCAUAUGGCUUGCGGAACAAUGUUGCUUUAUGCCUUCUCUCUCCUUCCCAGUUGCGCAUAAGCAGAUGUACCUGACGGAAGUGACAAUAUGCAACCCACAGGAGCGCAUUUGGCUCGGAUUCAAACUGCCCAAAUUCUUCGCAAAGGGUCGAUACGGAUAUGUGACUAACUUCUUCUACCCUGACGGAGAGUGGACCAAGGCUGAUAAAUGUAGGCCUUAAUCUAUGCUAUUAAAGAAACGCGUCUAAUAAGGGCACAUCCGUAUUCAUUGAUAGUACAGUAUUUGUUAAAGGACACAGAAGCUAAUUCAGAGAGUUGACGUCAUAAGAUGGGUUUUUGUCCCAUACUCGAGUAUAUCGGAUGUGUUGCAUGUAUCACUGGAUCUGAUGCACGAAGACUGGGGCAUCUACCCUCGAUACGCUGGUAACCUUCAUCGGCAUGGUCUCAUGGACUCGUUGGCGUCUCCCGCAGAAAUUAUCUCCAAACAGGCUGUGUGCACACGACCGGCAUGUCAAACAAUGCCCUGAGAGGACCAAUCACCGGCGUCGAUAGGUCACAUUCAUAUGGGUAGAAGGACUUUAAAUGAAAUAUGACAGGCCGAAAUAGGGUGCGACUGCUAUUCUAGCGCAUGCCUGUCACUUACCGAUAGAGUGAGUGAGCUCGUAUUUUGGGAUUACCAAAAUGAUACUCCAAUUAGCAUGGCAGAUGGCCAUGAUGGGUCGGAAUUCCUUCUCUGGAGCAGGAGCGUCGGUAUUGUCAACGCAGGAGGGUUAACUGUCGCCGAUUACAGAUGUGGACAAUCUGUGGAAUCAUGAACCUUUGCACUAACUACAGUCGUUGCUGAGGUUAUUCGAAUGCUUUUUGCUGUUUUCAGUGGACAGCGGUGUUAAGUAAUUUGAAUAAACAACGAACAAGUAAGAACUACCAGAAACGACAGACAGACAGGCCUUGUUUCAGCUGUCUCCUUCUUCGGUAGAGAUGAAUUCGGGGUUGCCGCACUGGAAAUUAAUUAUGAUAACACAUGGGAUUGAUAGCUUUUUUAACUAUGGUGAAAGCGUUUUCAGUGGUCAGAAUGUGUUUGUCCCGUUGAGAAAUGGGUCUCAAUUCAGAACCCUAGCAGAUAGUCGCACAGCGACCGGUAAUGCAUGCUAAAUUGCUUUCUCCGCCUUUAGAUCGCAAAAAUUUUGACUGUAUAGUGUAUGCCGCAGGGUCCAACUCGAUAUUGUCCUUUUUCCGUUGGCACUACUGCCGGCUUGACAGUGUCCAGGAUCCACGGCAGAAGUCGUAAAUGUGGGUACGAGGAAGGAUGGUAGAGGUGAGAUUUCUGAGUCCACGGGGUGGAGCCCCGUAGUGCCCCGAAUGUGGUGCUGCUGCAUCGUUUGUGACUGGUUACCUGUCAGACCUGAGAGACCUGGUAACCAUCUGUGGACUCACCAGUUGGCCAGCGGUGGCCAUCGAACCAUAUACGGAACUUAGCUCUUUAACCUAAUCACGUAGCUCGCCCUCUCAGGUGGGGUUCACUUAUCAGUAAAUAAAUUACACCAACGAAUACGUACUCGGUGAGAACUGGUUAGUCGGUAUGACCCCGACCCCACAAACAUCUAUAAUUCUUUCAAACUCGGGGGAGAAAAGCAGAACUUUCCCAUAAGUGCUGGUUAAUUUCUACGAAGUAAUUAAACAGAGGUUCUUGCCGGUGGUGUGUUCGCCCCUUACAAAAAUUAAACUAGUGUGAAUUUUUGAAAAAUUCUUUCUAGCAAAAAACUGCAACUAGUAAUGACAGAGCGGAAUUUGAGUGUGAGAAAAAAACACUUAUUCUAUACCAAAUAUAGAUUGUCUUCAGCCAAACCUGUCUUCUCCACUGCGGAUCUUUGCUAAGGGAGAAAAGCAAGUCGAAAUAACAUGCAGCACAAGGAAAAGUUCGUGCUCAGCGUCUCCGUGGGUAUGUUUUUGUCCUUCACAUCUGCCAAUGCGUUUGCUGCUGUUUUUAAAUUUAUCUAUUCAAUGCCAUUUCGAGCUCAUCAUCCGACUGCCAGCAUAUUAUUGAUACAAGGCACCUAAGGCUACUUUUGACUUUUCAGUUUUGACCUCAUUUUCAUGCCUAGAAAAUGUACAAUUUUCUGCAGGAAAGUUAGUUCGGUACUUUAGGGAGAUGACUUUUUCAAGGCAUUACAAAUUUUAUCGUCAACAUACUUGUUUAGCUGAAAUCGAUUUUUGUUCCUUCAGAUAGUAAUGUUCACGCCCGAUAGAGAGUUGUGUCGAAAUUUCUCGGCGCCCUUCUGCGGUGAGUUUGCGAAGGUUUUUUCAUCAAUUAAUCUCGAUAACCGCAUUUAUUUGUGGUCAGUUUGCUGGAAGAGGCUAGGGAGAUAAACUGUCAAAUUGACGCUGUCUGUAAUUACGUUGUUGUCGUUCUCCUCACUGAGCCAAAAUUCAAGCUAACUCCCUGCGGUCUAGAUCACCUGAAGGCAAAUCCGCGAGGAAAUUUAAUGAAAUGCAAAAAUCCAUGCACAGUGUAAAUCUCUCUAGUUGACUAUCUAUCAAGAAAAUGCUGCUCCGUUUCUGAGCCACUCGAAGAAUAGGUCUUAUUCGAAAUGUCAUUAAAUGUCAAGAUCUUGAGAGACCCGUUCAAGAAAGUGCGGUUUGUGAAAUUCCAGUUGUUUGGUGUUACCUGGGAGAAUAUUUAUCGAUGGUUUUUCGGAUGAGACUGAGAACUAACACCUCGUAUUCCACCUAUUGGAUGGGUCUUCUUAAUGCCUACCAUUUAAAAAGUAGACUGAAAUGUCGGAUUGUUUAUCGGUGAGUCUGGUAGGGCCACGUCUCUGGCAAGGUUUGCAGGUCACGCAAAGUUUUAGGAUUCUGAACCAUCAAAAAGCCUUUUUCGUGAUGAUAAGACACUACUUUUUCCGUAAUUAGUGUACAGAUUGUGUUGGGGAGUUGUCGUUACAGGCGACAAGGUGAGUUCCAGGAAACAGUUAAGGAGGAGACUGGAUUGUCGGAAGAAGAAUUUUAUUUGUCUGAAGUUUCAGAUUCACACUCAGACCCUUCAUUAGAGACAGCAGCAUGUAGAGAUACUUAACGCACGAGGCUUGCAGUAAUUAUGGUGUUUAGUUGGUGUGCAGCCGUAUGCCUACCAUAAUUAACAACUAGCGCAUUUGUCACAAAUGGUCACACAUGGUGAGAGUGGAGACUUCACUUCGAUACUGCCUCGGACGCGACCAAAUACCCUGAUGGUUGGAUCGGUCUCUGGAAAAAUACUUAAUGCUCGACGCAAUGGUCCACGAGUAAGUGAAAGUCAGGUCAAUAAUUUCACUGAUUUCGGAGGUCAGUGGUUUGAGUAAAUAGUUUUCGAACACCAUACGCUGUCAUCUGUGGGCCCGGUAUGUGAACGAAAUCGUCGUCGUCACAAAAUGGGUCAGAUUUCGACAUUUAACGAACAUCUCAACAUCGUCCUUCAGGGCAUGUAAAUUAUGACGGACUAGGAAGGUAGCAAUCAGCAGCUCUUCUUCGAUCUACCCUCAUCUGCCGCAGAGGUGCAUAGACAUGUGACAAGCACAAUAAAACAACAGCAACGACUUCACCAGCAAGGAAAGAGUUGUGCAUAGACGCUUUGUCAGCGUCCAUGAGGUGUAUUGCAGUGAACAAGAAAACAAGAUAACGGAACUACAAAAUUCGACGGAUACGCGGAGCGGACGGCUUCCAGCGCAGCUUUGUCAUCUGGUGCACACCAAAAUAAGACAAAACGAAAAACUGUGCCGACCUCAAAUUUCGACGAACACUCCCGCCCGCUAAGAACUUCUCAGAAAACUGUUAGAUGCCUCCUGUCAGCACUCGGAGUCGGGAUUUCACGCAGACUGGAAGCGCCCAUCAGCCGCCAAGUAAUGAGGACGAAAGAUCUGCUGCCAUAGUGGAAAACAAUCACAGUCACCUGCCGGAUCCGAUGGAAUUGUUGGCAAAGCAAAUGCGCAAAAAACUGGAGAUCACUCUGGACGCAGAUGAACGAACAUUCGGCGGCAGAGGAGGAAUGAACCCUACUCGCACGUCGCGGAUCAUUUAACAAGAUCCGUUAAGACCUUCGAGGGAAAAGAUAAAAGUUCUCGUGAGAGAAAAUAAUCGCGUGAGUCUCGAGCUGACUCAAUCCCGGUUAUCCCAAUCACAGUCCAUUAGCAAUAACAGCGAAGUCCUACUCCAUAUUCGUCUCAGGAAUAUAAAAUCCCCCUAUUUGGGAGCUGAGCAAAAAACCUACUUCGGCAAAAUUUUUCCCCUCUAGUCAACCAACCAACAGGUCGGCUGAGGUCUAGAGUGUUCCUCCGACGAGGAAUGAUGGCCGACCUGGCUGCAUUUUUUGCAUAGAUGUUCUGAUUUCAUUCGUUGACAUUUUGUGAGCAUUUAACUCCGAAGUGGAGCUAAAACAACUGAACCACGAUGUUCAACAUGUCUUUUUUUUAGGAAUGAAUGACACAGGGGAUGUGGUAGAAUACACCUACACACUGCAGCGCCCUAAUCUGGGCCAUCAAUUUGAGUACGUAUUCUGUUCCACCUCCAACAGCUACCUAUCUACUGUCAUUGAUUGGGAAAACGAACGUAAGUUUCCAACCAAAGCAUUUCAGCCAUGUUCUAUCACUGAAUACAUUGUCUCGGCCUAUGGGUAUGAAGAACGUCCAAAUGAAAGUGUGCGGUAGGGCGUUUUGCAAAGUUGCACGCUUCCUGGAUUCCCGUCAGUAAUUCCGUUGUACCAAAAACCUGUGAUAACAACCAGAGUAUCUGAGAUCAAUCACUCAUUAAGACUGUAGACCACAGCUGAUCAUCAGUGGUGUAUGCAUGAUGCUGAAAUACAAACGGUCAUAUAAAGUGUCAGACGCUUUGCUACCCAGCAUACUUCAGCGGGCGAAACAAUGCAGACUAGCUCCAAGUUAUACAGUAGUCAUAUGUAAUACAGUAGCUGGUUCGCGGUUACAUAGGAGCAUUAGAUAAGGGGGUUAUGGAAAAUAUCACUAUUUCGGUUGUGUCGGACACAGAAUGCUGUCGAUAAAUGUUACAUCUCAACAACACAGACGCGUCUACUUUGAAGCACAACUUUUUGGUAAACCAAUAAGUGGUCACAGAUGAAAUAUUUGAUAUCUAACUUGGAUUUCUUCCGAUUCCAUAAAAAAUGAUCCUUUAGAAAUAAUGUGUGUGGGUGAGUAUUUGGAAAAGAAGCUAUGGUUCGCUACUGACAGUGGAGAGAUAAGGCAGGGUAUUCUACCAAAAAUAGUCCACCAGAGGAAUUACUUUUUAAACUUAAAUUAACCACCGAGGUUUACAAUCAAUAACUUUGAUUCGUUUGCAGUUGAAUCCCAGUAAGACUGAAAACACACAUUGAUGGUGAUUUAAGUUCACCAGCUUUAAAAUAUUCAACGGCAUCGGAAGUCAUAAAACGCAAACGUGGCACCUGUGAUUGCAGUAAUACCUUCACACGCAAGUCGGGAAUAAUUAGUAUAAACAAUUUCCAGUAGAGUUGCUAACACAAGAUAGUAACGGUAUGCAUAUUCCUUGCUUUCUACUAAACUCCCAUCCAGGAUACGAGGGUGACGAUGGCACUGGUGAGAGCGAAGACGGCGAGAAUGAGGAAGGCAGCGAGGGGGUUACGGAUGAGGAAGAGAGCAGAACUGACGGGGAUGAAGAAGGAAGCGGAGACGACGAGAACGAUGAAGACGGCGAGGGCGGCGAUGAGGAUUUCAAUACUAGUGACGCCGAAACCGACGACAUUCAUGAGAACACCGAUGGGUAUACGGACUCUAGGGAAAAGACCUCAACCCAUGGUCUUGAAAAUGGCGUACUCGGUACAGAAGAUGACGGAGUUGACUUGGUUGAUGUUUAA